AUUCGGGGUAAAGCACUGGACCUGUUACGGAGGUCUAGAGUGCGGAAACUAAAGAGUAGAAGGAACAGCAGGAGUUUUAAGAGAACGAUUCAGGUGGCCAUGAGGACGGCGAGGCGAGCCAGUGCCGUGGAGGUUCCUUCCUUCCUGCGACAGCUGGUGAGGGAGACUGAAAAGAUGGUCACUUUCUUUUUCAAGGGAGGGCAGGUGGAACAACAUGCAGACGAUGAUUCGGAGUCUGAAGAGGAUAAUGAUGAUGUGGAGGAGAUACCCAGCCCUUACCUGGAGAGGCCAAUGCUACAGAAGCAUACUGCCGAGGGCGAGUGUAAGUGGGGAGUUAGCUAUGCCCUGGCCAGCAUGCAGGGAUGGCGUGCACAAAUGGAGGAUGCCCACACAUGCAUGCCUGAGAUGACUGAGGGCCUGCCGAACUGGAGUUACUUCGCUGUGUUUGAUGGCCAUGCUGGAAACACUGUGGCACAGUAUUGCUCCACACAUCUCCUUGAUCACAUCCUUGCGACAGGUGGCAUAACUGCAGAGGAAAAAGUGGAGAAAGUGAAAGAUAGCAUCCGAGAUGGGUUCUUAGGCAUUGACCGCCACAUGCAGCAACUGGCCCGCAAUAGUGGCUGGGACCGCAGUGGCUCCACAGCGGCCGCUGUCAUGAUCUCUCCACGAAACAUCUACUUUAUUAAUUGUGGUGACUCACGCACUUUCCUGUGCCGUAAUGGCCAGGUUGUGUUCUACACGGAGGACCACAAGCCCUGCAACCCACGCGAGAAGGAGCGCAUACAGAAUGCAGGGGGCUCAGUCACGCUGCAGCGCAUCAACGGCUCCCUGGCUGUAUCUCGUGCCCUUGGAGAUUUCACCUUUAAGGAAGUGGAGUGGAGGACGCAGACGGAGCAGCUGGUGUCCCCCGAACCAGAGAUCUAUGAUCUGGAGCGCUCGCCCAGUGAUGAAUUCUUAGUGGUGGCUUGUGAUGGAGUUUGGGAUGCCAUCAGUAAUGAAGAGCUGUGUGCCUUUGUGCACAACCGGCUUUCAGUGUGUGAUGAUUUGAGGGAAGUCUGUUCGCAGGUCAUUGACCUCUGCCUCUAUAAGGGAAGUCUGGACAAUAUGAGCAUCAUCAUCGUCUGCUUCAAUGGCUCUCCACAAGUGACUCCUGAAGCAUUGCAACGUGAGGCAAAGCUGGAACAACUCAUAGAUCUUAAAGUAAAAGAGAUCAUUCAAGUGAUCAGGUCUCAAAAUGAGGAGCCUGAUCUGCUUUAUGUGAUGAAGUUUCUGGCAACUGAAAACAUCCCUGGACUUCCACCAGGGGGUGGCAUCACAAGCAAGAGAGACUGCGUAAUUGCUGCAUACCAGAAAUAUUCAGCAGCUUUUAGAACUGUUGAGCCAGUGGUAUGACCUGAAUUGACUGAUACUUUCAUGCAUACUUCUACUUCUCUGAAACGAGCCAAAUAUGGAAACUGCUGUGUGAAGAAAAUAUUCAAUGCCUAUAGUCAUUUUAUUUGAGGAAAAAUACUGUAGAAAAUGGUUCCUUACUUGUAUGAUAAAGUUGGGAUGGUAUAGAGAACAAAUCAACCAGGGACACCAACACCAUACUACAUUUAGAGAAAAAAAGAUAUCGGCUGAAGUGAAAACCCGACAAAUAAACACUUCAUGCAUUUGUGGUGUACA